UUUAUUUGCUACUUUUCUUACUGUAAAUGCAGUUCCAUUUCAACCUAAUAAAAGAGCUAUCACCUUCCGACCUUGUCCUAAUAAUUUUCCUAUUGACCCUCUUAUUGUGGAAAUGGUUCCUGAAACUCUUAGUGGUAAUGAACUCGUUAAAUUUAAUGUAUCCGGAAUAAUUACUUUAUAUGAUAUCACCAAAAACAAAACUUUUCUUGAUAUAAGCUUUUCAGACGUUGAGAAUUACCGAGAACCUACAUUUUUCGUUUACAAUAAACCAUUCGAUCAAUCAUAUGCUGCUAAAAGCCAAUUUUCGAUACAUGUAUCCGAUGUUAAUAUUCCUGCUUUACCUAAAAAUUAUUUCAUUUCUGUUACUGUUGAAGAACCUGAACCAGAUCCACUCACAAUUGGCUGCGCGAGCGCUUCUGUUAGUCAUUAG